GCGCUGCAUGUGUCGAGCACUGCAAUGAGAUACUAGUAGCACUGGCAAGGUAUUGCUUGUCGCAGUGACAUACCAUAGUGUCUGAUGGAAACAGUUGGCUACUGACUGCUUCAAAAUCAUCCUUCUUCUUUAUCACUCUACUGCGACAAUACAGCGCACAGCUUAGUUCGCUUGUACAGCCUGUGCAACGUGAAGCGGGACCCUUUCAUCGAUGCACCACAGUACCCCGUUGGCCUCUCCCUGCGAUCCGCGCAGUUAACUCUUUGUUAAAUCCGAAUCAACAAGUGCGCUAUCUACAAGGCCACCAGGUAUCGCGACAGCUGUGGCCAGGCAUCUUUUCCUAUUGGGAAGUGUCGCUGAACACUGAGAUCGGCUAGUGUGAAGACAUCUUCGUUUCGCACUUAAUCUCUGCCAGUUGUCGCAGUCGCACGAAGCCUAUCCUGUGAACCGAACCACAAACGCAGAUACCCAUGCCAUUAGGUGUGUUGGGGGCAUAGGCGACACAAAAGAUUUCAACAUGACACCAACACCUCCGUCAGCGGGCACGUCGCAUUCCGGCGCCUCACCGGAUCAAUUCAGAGUAGUGCGCAAGCGAAAUCGCGUUCCAUUGUCAUGCGGGCCAUGCCGCCAUCGCAAACUGAAAUGCAAUCGCCAGGCACCAUGCGACAACUGUACCAAGCGAGGCGAUGGGGGCUCCUGUACAUACGCCGCGCCGGCGGCUAGAAAGAGAGGCAGCCAGAGUCAAAAUUCAGCAAAUGCGUCACCCGACGACAUGCAGAAUCGCAUCGACCGGCUUGAAGGCCUGGUCCUAUCGUUAAUGACCAAUGGCCCACAAGCUGCAGGUCCGGCUGCCGCAGCUCAAGCUCUAUCGACAAGCACGAGCAAUAUAGGUAGUGGCUCGCUCGGGCCGAUUCUCGACGAUCCGGACGAGUCCACUACGAUGAAUGAUGCCGAUGCUCAAGAACCCGAGAGCGAGACUGACGGAGUUACGAAGAGCUUUGGGAUAUUGAAAGUUGACGCGGAGAGACAGAAGACGUUCUACGUUGGUGAGGCACACUGGGCAGCUCUGCUGAACGAGAUCAGCGAAGUUCGGAACUAUUUUGUUGCCCACAAGAAGGAAUACGAGGCGCAGAUGGAGAAAGUCGAGCAGGUUAGGAAGUCCAUGGGAACGGAUGCGGGUGCUGGGCCGGCCUUGUUGUUUGGCGCAAGUGUUCCUCCCAGUCGUGGCGAGAUCAUGGCUCAGAUCCCCUCUCGAUACAUGUGCGACAUCCUGAUCGGACGAUAUUUCAACACCCUCGACCCUGGCGCACACAUUCUGCACGGGCCCACUUUCCAGCGACAAUACAACCAGCAUUGGAUUGAUCCAUCCAAGAGCUCGAUCGUCUGGAUCGCCAUGUUGUUCGCCAUCAUGCGACUGGCCAUGUUAUCGUACGGACGGGAGGGCGACGAACCACCUGAAUUCCGAGGCAAGUGUCAAGAUUUGGUGAUCAACUACCGCACCCAGAUGGCGCAUUGUCUCAUCACCGCUGAUUACACCAAGCCCCAUAACCACAUCAUCGAGACGCUGAUUUUGCAUCUCCACGCUGAACACAUCUCGAAUCGCGACUCUGAAGCCAGUGUCUGGGUUCUGGUGGGCAUGAUCGCCCGUCUUGCCAUGCGUAUGGGUUAUCAUCGAGAUGCGAAGUGGUUCCCCAACUUGAGUCCCUUUCAAGGCGAGAUGCGACGUCGUGUGUGGACGUUUGUACGGACUGCCGAUCUCUUGUUCUCCUUCCAGGUGGCACUUCCGCCCAUGAUCCGGAUCGGAGACUCGGACACCGACCUGCCACGAAACAUCUACGAUGAUGAAUUCGACGAAGACUCUGCGUCCCUUCCUCCCUCUCGGCCAGCUUCUGAGCCAACUCCGAUAUCGUACAUGAUAGCCAAAGGGCGCCUCUCGUUCGGAUUCGGCCGGGUUCUGGAAGAAGUCAAUGGCGUCAACCACAAAGGCUACGAUGAGAUUCUCAAGAUUGACCAAGGACUUCGAGAAGUCUAUGAAAGCAUCCCCGAGCACCUGAAACUGCGCCCGAUGGCCGAGCAGACCCUGGCUCCCAUAUCUUUGAUCAUGGCGAGAUUCAGUUUGGCCACGGUCUAUCACAAGUCACAGUGCGUGCUUCAUCGGCGGUUCUUGCGCCUGGCCAGAAAUGGUAACCGUUACAUGCACUCGAGACGGACGUGUCUGGACUCGGCCAUGCAGCUGUUGAAUUACCAAGCCAUUCAGCAUCAACAGAGUCAAGAACGCGGGCGGUUGCGGAGUAUGCGGAACCAUAUCAAUUCGUUGACGGCGCACGAUUAUUUGCUGGGCGCCACAAUAUUGUGUAUGGAUCUUUACAACCAUCGUGAGGGCAGCGACCCGGAUGCGAGUACCCCUAGCACCUCGGUCAGUGGUGGCAGCGUCAGUCAAGGCAGUAACUCGAACUCGUCGGACGGCACGUAUAUCCCUGGUCUCAGCUACACGCGUGAAGACCUCAUCCGAGCCUUGGAGGACAGUCGGGACAUAUGGAUGGCGAAUCGCGAUUUCAGCAUCGAAGCUUAUAAGGCGAGCGAGAUGUUGAACGUGCUUCUCUAUCAUAUCAAGUUGCCGUAUUCGCCCAGCAAUACUCAACAUACGCAGAUACCGGCGGCGGCGGCGGCAGCGGCGACGGCCACCCGGCCUGCACCGGGCUCGAAUAACGAUGAACAGACGGCGGCAAUGACGUUGGGCAUGCUUCAAGCGGGCGCCAUUGGCAGCACGGGAGGACCCGGCGGCAUGAAUCCCCUGCAGGUGGACUCCCCUGGCAGCGGCGGGUGGGAUAGAUUCAAUGCCGCGUUUGCUGCGGCGAAUCUACCAGGCGACUCGUUCAAUGGUGCCAAUGCGUUUGGAGGAGCGGGAGCGCCCGCGAACGCGCCCAGUCCUUUCCCUAUGGGUCUCUUUGGCGGAGCAAUGGGCGACUUGGGCCAGGGCAUGAACCUGGAUUGGGAAGCAUGGGACCAAUAUAUGCAGCCCAACCUGUCGCUCGACCCGGCGGUCAAUCUGUGGUCGACUACCUCGCCCAGUAACAAUGUCUACGCGCCACCUUCGGCCCCAGAUGGCGGCGUGGGCGACGGGACGUUUAGUGGUGCGACCACUUCGGCAAGUUCGAACUUCUACGGCUCAAGUUCGGGCGGCAAUGGCGGGGCGUCAACACAGGAUUCAAAGUCUCAGAUGCCAGUUCUGAGCAACACGACCACGAAUACUACUAGUACGAGCAACGACAACAACUCUGCUGGCGAAGUUUUCAUGGGAGUGCAGACACCGCAGCCGGGAGGGAUGCCGAGUUGGAAAUGGACCGUCAUGAGUGAGAAGCAGUGAGUUGAAUGGAAAUAAAAUGACAGUUGAGAAUGGAACAAAAACAAAUUGGCGAAUGAAUGGAACUGAUGGGUGGUCCGAGAGAUGAUGGAUUUCGGUCACCGGAUACCGGAUUGAUGAACGAUUAUUGGAUUUGAUUGAGUGAUGAUACCCGCGAGCAAAUGGAUCCUUGCAUUGGAGGAAAUGGAAACGGAAUGCGAAAAUGCUCUGCUCUGCUCUUCUUUUGUAUGAGGUUGAUUUGGACAGAAAAUGACUGGGGCGGUUGGGCUGGGUCUCUUGGGGCUCGAGAGAACAGAAGGAUACUAGGUAGUAGAUAGGUUGGCCGGCUUUGACUGUGGCUGUGAUGUGAUGAUUUUGUUUCACGCGAGCACAGCAGAUCAGAUUGUACUGUACACAGUAGUAGGAGUGUGCUGGACGGGGAGGCUCCGAGGCGUCGAUGGGGAAGUUUGUUCUAGUAUGCUCGAACAUGAACAACUUGCUGUAGAUAAAGUAAGGUAGUAGACGCCUGGCAAAUGCUAUUUACUCCGCUCCA